CACGUGGAGGUAAGAGUGCAUCCGACGACGGAGAUCUGGAAAAAGCGGAGGCAAGUUUUGCUAAGACGAAGCGCGCGAGAAACGGAAGCCCUUAAGCAGAAACGCUCCGGUAUCCAGAACACCACAUCGUAGCUGGGCAGGAGCUUGAUGGAGAUGGUGCUAUUGCUGCGAGAGGAAAAUGAGAUGAAAGCCGAAGGCCGUCGUGUGUGUGAGGAGCAGCGUCGCCGCGACGAGUUGGAGGCACGUGAGGCUCGCUAUCAGGCCGAGAAAAUCGAGGCUGAAGAGCGUCGCCGACAGGACAAGCUGGAGCGAGAGGAUCGUACUUGUCGGGACAGAGAAGAUGCCAGAGCUCGAAUGCAGGAGCUCGCAAUGUUAAUUGGAGCCUUAACCAAGUCGACGUACGUCAUCACUGAGGAGUCGAACUGAGGAAUAUUAUCUUCUAUCGGUCGUACACUGUGCCGUUGGACACAACCAGAAGAAAAAGCCGAUCAACUCAAAAAGCUGUACGCU